UCAUAGAAAGAGCUUAAAGUUUAAUAGCAAAAGUUUCAAUUCAAACAAUUGUCUCAUACUUUUCAAAAGCCGUCCAUUAUUCAGAUUGUUGUCGUAUUGAAGAUAAGAAAAUUAUUUUAGAGACCAGCAAAAUGACUUGUUUUUUGGGAGCAGUUCUUCUGUCCGCUUGUCUUGCGGCAAGUUUAGUGUUAGGCGCGGAGAACAUGAAGGAGCCCGACUACUGUCCUACAGUGGCAGCUGUACAUGUGAGUGUGGACACGCUGGCUGGCCGAUGGUUCAUUGUGAAGAUGGCCGGACACGGUGGAUCCAUUGAAGAAACAUGUGCAUUCGUGGAAAUGCAGUUGAUACAGGGACUGUUCGGCUGGUUUCUGACGAUGAACAUCACCAGCCACAAUGGACAGCACUACUGGAGCAGAGUGGAUGUGGCUCAGAAGGCAGUGGCACACACUCGCUCCUCGGUCGGAACAUUCGUCAUGGACUCCGAAGGCAGUCUGCCGGCGACCGAACAGCCGAACCUCUUCGUAGUACACAUGGACGACAACUUCCUAGUCAUAUACUACUGCAAUGUGUUCAAUGGGGCGAAAAUUAACGGAGUGUGGCUGUUGUCGCGUGACCGCAACCCAAACUUCUUCAAACUGAAGGUGGUCGAAUGGGGCUUGGAACCACAGGGAAUCUUCCUGGAUUUGCAAACAGUUUCCCAAAAGAAAUGUCCCCCGAUUGAAGGAAAACGCAGAAAACAGAAGAUCAAAAAAGAUAGGAAAAAAUCUGAUCUCGUCUUUUUCUAAUGAUUACUAAUGACUAGUCAGUUUCAGACAAU